AAUUAUUGGCUUAGUUUAGUUCCAUUUGUAUUGAGUUUCAUCUUACUUUUAUGUCCCAGGUAAUCACAGGAUUCGAACCAAAAGAGCGAUGUUUGCUUCUUAAGUUUGUAACAAGUUGUUCUCGAGCUCCUUUACUUGGGUUCAAGUACUUGCAGCCAACCUUUACCAUUCAUAAGGUUGCAUGCGAUGUGCCGCUUUGGGCAACAUUUGGAGGGCAGGAUGUGGACCGGCUUCCAUCAGCUUCUACAUGCUACAAUACUCUCAAGCUUCCAACAUAUAAACGGGCAAGCACUUUGAGAGCAAGCUUCUAUAUGCUAUCAAUUCUAAUGCAGGAUUUGAACUUUCAUAGAAAUCCUGAAAACUUACUUCUUCAGUGGGUUUCAUGACCAGGUUCAGCAGAGGCUGGUAGAUAUCAAGGACCACAAGUUUGAGACCAGGGAGCCUUUUCUGCAAGUCUUGGAUGUGCUGUUUAGCUGCUUGUUGAAGGAAAUGGCAUCUUGGUUCAGAGCCUCGCAACGCACUGGUUACUCCCCGACCCAAACAUUGUGAUGGCUGCUGGCAAGCAUCCAGUUGGUGGUAAUGUUGUCACUCCGAUCUUCCUUAUGCCCAGGCCAUACAGAUUCUAUCACAAGGUAAUGUUGAUAUGAAAUAUGUUCAUGAU